GCAAGAGCGGGUGAAACAUUGAGAUCUGUGUGUGUGUGUGUGUCUUGUGGGUCGCUUGGCCAAAAAUGGCGGAACGGACGAAGGUGACAGCCCCGGCUACCCGGCCCGUUCCUAUGAGAUUGUUCGCUACUUGGGAAGUGGAUCGCACUCCCCCGAAUUGCAUACCCAGGCUAUGUUCCUUGACGUUGACACGUUUAGUGAUUCUUCGGCCACUUGGCUCGGAUUUAGCGUCCAUCAGCAUCGCGGUUAAAAUGCAGAGUUCCAAGAGAACUUUACGAUCCAACGAGAUGGCUAUACCGAGCGGUGGUAUGCUCGACACGGAGCUAGAAUUGCAGUUUGCGCUUCAAUAUCCACAUUUUCUCAAGAGGGAUGGCAAUAAGCUCCUGAUAUUACUGCAGAGGCGAAAACGAUAUAAAAAUCGGACGAUGCUCGGAUACAAGACUCUUGCGGAGGGAAUCAUCAACAUGGCGCAAGUGCUGCAGCGACAGAUGGAUCUCGAAUUGGAAUUAAUAUCGGACAAAGCGGAGAAAUACGGCGGUCAUUCGAUCGCGUUGGCGCGCGUGAGCGUUGUCGCGCUCACUUCGCAGCCGGUCGAUCACGAUAAAAGACUGACAAAUGAUCCCAAUGAGCGACUCUGUCCAGAAUUUAGCGACGAGGAAGAGGAGUUCAGCUCGGAAGGCGAGGCGGAGGGCAGCGACAGCGAACCUACAUUAGAGGUGCACAGGCGGAAAAGUCGCGGGAAAAUUCCAACGAACGCCAGGCAAAGAAACUUGAAGCAAAAGUUUAUAGCUCUGUUGAAGCGGUUUAGGGUGUCGGAGGAAUUAGAACAUGAUCAAGAAGAAAUUGGGCAGAAACUCUCGGGUGGCGAUAUGGAAAUAGAGGAAUUGUUCGACGAAUUGGAAGAUUUAUCAGAUAGCGGGCCCGAAUUGGACACCAUGUCCGUUAGUAGUACACCGAAGCCAUCGCUGAGACCCUUUUUUAGCUCGAGUCGAUCCCUACUGGCACCACCUCAUUCCGUAGUAACCAGCGAGGACACUGGAACUGUGUCAGCGACUACCACGUGUCAGCAGCCCGUGGGUCAACCGGUUAAAGAGAAACAUCGUAUCGGACACACCACACCAGAGCGAGGAGUGGACAGACAAAGCGACGACAGUUCUCGGAGAGCCGACAGCGAUUCCCACCCCGAGAACUGGACGGAUCACGAGGCAAACGACCCGCCGAAUUACGUAGCAGGUUCACCGCCGAAAUCGGAGCAGCCUAAUAAGAGCGAGAGCUCCGAGAGAAGAAGCAGACUGUUUGCGCGCGACAGAGGAACGCCCGGGAGUAAUAAAUCUAAGAAGCACAGUCUGAGCGUCGAUUUAAAACCGUCGGCCGAUCUAAAUAGCACAGAGCCGAGGAAGGCACUGGUGGAACAGCUUGGCCGGGUAUUGCCGGACGACAGUUUACCGGAGGCCGUGUCGCUCGUGUCGAUCGCGGAUCCCGGCGGGGCGGUCCUUGCUGCGAGACUUCAAGAAAGAAAUCACAGAGUACUGACGACGGCUUCUCCGGCUGAUAUCCGCGCAACAUUCACCUGCUUGGUCGCGCGCAUACAAAAAUUCUGCAACAGUUCGGCGAAACCACCAGCACCCAUAAAAGUUGUGAUCGCUGGCGGCGACAGCUUCAUCAACGCAGUUCUUCGUCACUACGUCGAUCUGCUGAGCUUCAGACCGCCGGAUUGGCAGAAUUACAUGAAGUUCUUGGUAGUGCCGCUCGGCUCAAACACGUUAACGAGAUACCUCGGUUCUGUGGACGCGAAAUAUUCGAUGCUAUUCGGAGACGAGUGGAAGGAACUUCUCGAGAGAGAAGGGGGAGGAUCGAGCGAAGGUGCAGCGAGAAUAUCGGAAUACCUGGCCACGGCGAAUACGGUUCUCCCGUUACCCAUAGCGGAAGCUAUGGUCACGUACAGGGAGACGGAUGACAGCAGCCAAAUCUUUAUCCCCUUUGUGAAUGAUGUUCGCGUGGGUUGUCCAGACAGCAGUUCUUCCGCAUCUGUCGAUUUGGAAGAAAGUAACAUCAGUAUGUCUGGUUCCCCGCCCUCCUUACCUCCUCCGAGCUUGCCCGUUCCACCACCUGGAAAGCUAACACCGCCUAGCAGUCCUAACGUGGGCCAACCGGCGAGAGAAGGAUGGGAGCCGGUGGAACUUCAGCUAGAUUAUUGGGGUAAACAAACUCAAGGUGAAAAGGGCAAGAACACGUUGCGCCAAGCUUUCCGAGCGUUGCAUGUGCAAAGACUUCCUUCGUUGGGCGAAGCUCCAGGGCAUCAUUUGUCCAUGAAUUAUACGACGAAAGAAAAGAAGCAAAAAAUAAUGAGACUGGGCAAGAAGAAAGAAAAGGAAAAAGAGAACGAGCCAAAGAGUCAAACAGUGGACGGCGUGACACGUCUUAUAUGUUCAGCGAAAACUCACAACAUUCCACUAAGAGUGAGCAUCGAUGGUACCGAGUGGUACGGUGUAAAAUUUUUCCAACUAUCAGCGCAAUGGCAAACACACAUCAAGACGUUUCCGAUAGCCUUACUGGAAUAUAAUCCACAGCAACAAACUUUGACUAGUACGUAAAUUUCAGUUCUCGUCACUACCGUCGGUGAAAAGGCGUAUUACUAACAUCGGACUCGUUUUUAUACACAAUUCCGAUAACUUUUCAAAACUGCUCAGUAAAAUCUGCAGAACUUUAUGGACACGCCAAUGUUUGAGGUGCACAUAUAAUAUUCGUUAUAUUGAUUCGUUGUAUCGAUCAUUUCACGAUGGGAAGGAUUUUACAAUCGAGGUAUUUUCUCCCUAUCUCGUACGAAGAAAUGUAUAGACGCGUAACACAUGUGCAAUCCGGUUUGCACAUGCUCGAUAAUGCUGUCUUGAAACUACUAAAUCAUACAGUAAAUUUGUACGUGCGUGUGUGACUUUCGGCAAAGGUAUAUAAUUAUUUCAUCGCACAGGUGUGAAAUUAUGUAAAUUAUACACGUUUAUUGGUAUACACGUAUAUGACAAGCAGUUAUAUCGAAUGUAUCCAUUUAUGAAGAUUACUAUGUUUUUACUUACACAAACUUUGGAAAGCCGAGAAAGAAUGUUGUCACUAUCUCUAAUGAUAUCCGAACGGCUUGUGAUAUUUUAAGGUAUCCAUCUAAGGUGAGAUAUACAGGCGCAUGUAUACAAAAAUGUGUUUGUAUGUUGAAAGGUUACAUUGGACAAUGUUAUGUGAUGCUGCAUCAUUACUAGAAAAGUCUGUGAUACAGGCAAAAAUAGUUUCAGCGCACAAAAUGAUACAUGUGCGCUGCAUAUUAUGUGAAACAAUCGAUAUAUGCAAAAAUCGUGAUAACGAAUGUGUCGGUUAGAAAUUGUUCAUUGAUUAUAAUACCGUCUUGUUAUUUGAAAUUUGGAGAUACCUUGCACGUUGCUCGAUAAAGUUGCUAGCCCUAGGCCAGUUUCUAGAUAAAUACUCUGCUCUUUUAAGGAUGCUAUACCAGAUGGAUAUCCUAAAAUAUUCACGCACGCACAUUUCAUCUCAACCUACAGAUUUUAGCAUGGCUUCGCUGAUGUUAUAGUUGAAACAUACUCUCUCAAGACAAUCUUGCAAAAAGCAGGAAAUGACAGACGCAAUGACGUUGAAUCAUAAAAUACAGUAAGGAAGGAGAGAGAACUGGUUUUGAACAUUAGAUAAUUUUAAAUAACAAAGGGCCUAUAUAAUAGAGCGGUUUGCUGUGAUGCGUUGCUAUUUUUGAUGAAAAACAAUACGUACGGAAAUCAUAUUAAAAUCUAAAAGUUGAGGUGAAACACGCUGUAUAUAUACGCGUUUGUAUGUUGAAAGGUUACAUUGGACAAUGUUAUGUGAUGCUGCAUCAUUACUAGAAAAGUCUGUGAUACAGGCAAAAAUAGUUUCAGCGCACAAAAUGAUACAUGUGCGCUGCAUAUUAUGUGAAACAAUCGAUAUAUGCAAAAAUCGUGAUAACGAAUGUGUCGGUUAGAAAUUGUUCAUUGAUUAUAAUACCGUCUUGUUAUUUGAAAUUUGGAGAUACCUUGCACGUUGCUCGAUAAAGUUGCUAGCCCUAGGCCAGUUUCUAGAUAAAUACUCUGCUCUUUUAAGGAUGCUCUUUUAUAUUUAGUUUGUUUUUUUGCUCGUGUCAGUCUUACCGCGUAAAUAAUACUCGCGUAAACAUUGCUUCUCAUAAUUUUGGGGCCAUAUCAAAAAGAUGCCGAGAUAUUUCAGAUCAAAGUAAAAUAACGUGAAUAUCGUCGCGAAACAAGCGGAGGAUUUUGUUCAACCCUAUCAAAAGUAGUGAUCAGGAAUGGUACCGUCAAGUGACACAUUUUGUAUUAUUUACUAGCUGAUGGAAAGAUUUUAUAUAUUAUCGUCGUUUGAAAGGGUUACUAUUAACAUGAUACCAUUGAUGUAGCCGUAACGAAUUUCUGAUCUCUCGCUUCUUCUUUUAAUCGAUAAAAAUAAACACUGUUUUUAGCGACGUAGCUGUCGCUUCGACUGCCUAAUGCCAAAUUAAAGAAAAUACGCCUAUUCGAUGUUGUCACGUGUAAAGGAAAAACAAAAAGUGUGUACUCUUGAACGGCAUGCUCCAACAGUAACGACUAAAACGACGAUGGUCGCGUCUUGCCAAAGUAAACGUAGCAAUGAAAUAUCUCCGUUUGCGCUCCUCUCUUUGCUAGUCUGCAAUUAGUUGUUAAUGCGUAUCGAGCGAUACAUCUCGUAGUCAUACAUCUCAUCUCCGUUUGGUGCACAAUUCGUCCAAACUACCGAGCGAACAAUUCCUGACGUAUUAAAGGCAGUUACGUGUGGCCAUAGCGACAUAGUCUGUAAUGAUGAUGAUACUCGCAGCAGAGCUACCGACGUUUUAAUUUUCUCGUAAGAAAAGAGGGAAGAAAAAAAUGUGACGAGAGAAACAUUGCUACUGCAAGAAGACAUACUUUCGGAGAAACUGUCUCGUCGAGCACGCUGAAUGACAAAUUCAGCAAACUGAAAACCUGCCAUAUACAUAUAUUAUAUACACAUUUAUACAUAUCGUCGAGCUGCGUCGACGAGGUAUCGAUAGAAGAGAGUCUUUUUGCUUGAAAGCAUUUUAUCCGUUGUUCUUUACUCGAUCGUGUGCGUUCUCUUGAGAAUAUGCCAAAACAAUCUCGCGCUACAUACGUUUUAUCACACACAUUACAGACAGAUGAUGAUACAUGCUAAUAAUGUUUGAAAUCGGAAACUCCUCCGUACUAGCCGAAAGAUACCAGCCCUCUCUUGCAUAUAGGGAAAUCUUUCAUUUGUCCAUCUAUGAGCAUCAUGUGCUUCCGAACUUUGUAAGUGCGAUACCAAAGACACACACACGUUAGAGAUACGUNCCCCCCCCCCCCCCUAUGUAGAUUAGUAUUGUUUUCUUCUUCGUAUUGAUGCAUGUAUAUUAAGCGCGCCUCUUGUAAUGUUCCUUCUUCUGUCGAUUCGACAAACGUGUAUUGCUCGUUUUUUUUCUUUUAUAUCGAUCGAUCAUUGGUCGUGUAAUUUUAUUGUGUAAGAUAUUAGAGCGAUAUAAUAAUCAUCGCGUUGCUUACGGUCCGAGAUUGCGCGUGCGAUAUAUAUAUGCGUAAUCAGAUUUUGGAUUCUAGUCAAAAGACGAGAGAGAGAGAGAGAGAGAGAGAGAGAGAGAGAGAGACGCGUGAACAAGACUCGAUGGAAUCAGAAAUAGCGAUUCCUCCGCUCCAAGAGUCGUCGUUGCGCUUUUCUCAGACGAUUUGAUUAAUCGCUCAAGACAAACGAUAUUUGCUCGGACCGUCAGCGAACGUACGUAAGAUACAUAUAUAUCGCGGAGAGUUUCUGUUUAUCAUUAUUAUUAUUACAGCGCGAGCUUUAUCAUAUGGGCAGCUUGAGCUCAAAUAAUUACAAGUCAUUAAUGCGUGCGAACGCAAAUGAAGAAUGGGACUCGUGAGGAUUUAUGCAUUUUUCAGCCACGCAAGGAAUAGAAGAUGGAACGUUUUUAUCACAAAACUGUGUUCCUCUAUCGACAUGAUUGAUGAUCCCCGACUCCAUCUGACCGUAUUGAUGAAAACAUCGCGAAUAAAUGUGUGGGAAGCUAUUUCUUUGCGAAUUCAGAUGUAUGAUUAAAUCAAACAACGUUAUAACGAAGCGUUGAAAUGAUUUGAUACGUGUUUGCAGACGAAUACAUUGUUUACUAUCGAGAAUGCUUUUUCAAAUGUUUAUACCGAUAUGUACGAUACGGUAGUGUACAGCUUGCAGCAGUGUAGAAUACAUGUAAAACACGUGUUUCGACGUUUCACGCCAAGUUUAUCUAUCACGUUAGUGUAACAUGUUAUAUCUCUUUUUCGAAUAUUUCAUUUAUAUGUAAGGUACAGUAAGUGUGUUCAGAGAGAAAGCUAUGUGAAUUCGAUAAAUGUAUCAUCAGACAAUUUGAGAAUAGAUGACCAGGCAAUUUAUUCGUCAGUGUAGAAAGAUGUUGUUUUUCAGAGUUAAAUUUGGUUUACUAAAAUCAAAACGGUCAGAGAACGCUGAAAUAAAUUUAUAUCAAUAAAUUGGUUAGCUACACUUUUUCAUCCAGAUCCCGCAUGUCGUUGAUGUGAUAAAUGUUACAUAUUUUUAUACCUCGUGUCGUUAUGAAAUUGUACAAUUUUCGCAAAGUUUCUUUUCAAAUUGAUCGAAGGACAAAGUGAGAGCUCUCUCUCAUCUCCGAUGUAUAUUCAGUCAGCGCAAAUUUCGUCCUUUUUCGUUCAAAAUUUCAAACACAGGUCGUUCAAUCAAGAUUCUCGAGACUUGAUUAAUUACUGAAAAUGCUCAGAGUGUUCGUUUCCAUUCCAAGGCUCCUCUUACCUUGCAGUCGCUGUUUGAUAACGUCUAGAGGAAACGCGUGAAUUCUCACGGUUCAAAUAAAAAGAUAACGAUCGAUUUUCAGCACAUUAGUAAAAUGCUCCUUUUGUUCUAACAAUCAAAUUAGCAUCGACAAAAUCAUGAGUUUUGCGUUUCCUCACUUAUCGACGUCAUCAAACAAAGACGCAGUAUAUGUAUAUACCUUAACGCUACUAUCAAUUUACUCGCAUCGAUGAACAGAGUGCAGAAACACCAGAGUUAGAUAUUUUCAAUCUCUCUCUCUCUCAUGGAAAACAAAGAAACCCCCGGUUUCGAGCGAUCUGACGGCAGAUUGAGCAAAUUAAUCAUCUGUGUCUGCGCAAUCUGCCUUUGUUCUGUCGCCGACAAAACCUGAUAGAAUCUGACAGCAGAUUGGCGGCAGAAAGCCGCAGCUUUUGCAGGUUUGAUUUUAUCUAGGAACAAUCUGCACAUACCAUCUGUAUAUUUGGAAAGUAGAUAGAAACUCUGCCGAAAGAGUUAUUUUAUUUCGUAAUGAUUAUUCGUACAAUCUCAGGCGCUAUUUAUUCUAUCAGUAGCGAUAGUAUCUCCGAUAUGAACUUGUUUGAUUAGUUGAAUCAACGCGCGCAACAUUUAUCAAUACAUACACACAUACGUAUACACACACACACACACAUGUGUGUGUAUGAAAUACACAGCCACAACUCAAUAUAUCGGCGUUGAUUGGUAUCUACAAUAAAUUAAGCGUAAAUGAAAUAUUAAAUAUAAAAAGAAUAUAAAAAAAAAUUGUGAUGCAUAAUAAUAACAAAGUAAAAAAUGCGAAAUAAUAUACGCUGUUAUUUGUAUAAUUAAUUUACGACCGGUGUUUUCAUCGAAUCGUUUGUUAGAAUUUUGUGUGUCAUAUACGCAACGUUUAUAUAUACUAUUACUGAUGUAUAUCUAUAAUAAGCAGAGAUUCUUAGAUAUAUCAUUGCACACUCCAAUAUUAAAUUCACAGCUUAGACGAGUAGAAAUGAACAUUUUUUAUGUGUACGCGCGCGCGCGUAUGUAGCAUUCCUUUUUACUUAUUCAAACGCAGCACCAAUUACAUCCGAUACAGUCACUUUGCGCGGUACAUAACAUGUACUUUACACAAGUAACGCUGAUGUACAGAGUAUAUUUAUAUCGAAUAAUUUAAAAUUCUAUAUAAAUUAUACAUAUAUGCUUAUAUUUUUCACAUUUAAAAAUUA